AUGUUACGACUGAUCUUGAGUGUUGCGAUCGUGCUUUUGGCGCCACAAGUGUUGGCGAUUUCGUUUUGCCCGAAUCGAUGCGUGUGUGACGACAUCAAGCUGCACGUGACUUGUGGUGAAGGAGAACUGGAUGUGCUGCCGAUCGCGCUGAAUCCGGCCAUCCAAAGGCUGGUGAUAAAGUUCAACCAAAUCAAAGCAAUCGAUUCGUCGAUUCAGUUCUACACGGAUUUGACCAUGUUGGAUCUGAGCUACAAUCAUCUGCUCGGUGUUCCGGAACGUAUUUUUGUUUACCAACGGCGAUUGCUGCAGCUGCAUUUGAACAACAAUAAAGUUAGUACCAUCAACAACAAGACCUUCCACGGGCUGGAAGAACUUCGAGUGUUGAAUCUGCGAGCAAAUUUCCUCGAUGAAUUGAACGCUGCAAUGUUUAAGUCGCUGCCUAAGCUGGAGGAGCUAAAUCUUAGUCAGAAUCGUAUCGGAAAAAUCGAUGCUCAAACAUUCGAGGGCCUGACCUCCUUGAGGAUCCUUCAUCUAAACGACAACGCUCUAAGUAUGAUUUCUGCGCCAACAUUUCAGCCGUUGAGGAUGCUAGCAGAACUUUUUCUGGGAACCAACUUGCUGAACCAAAUACAGCCAGGAGUAUUUCAAGGCCUUAAUAAAUUGAGAAAACUGAACGUGCGUGGUUCGAUGUUGGUCAACAUCACCGUCGAGACAUUCCGUGGAGUGGAAAACAUUCGAUCACUGGACAUCUCGGACAACCACUUGCUGCACGUUCCCACAGUUCAGCUGAGUAUGUUAAAACGACUUGAGGAGCUGGUAAUAGGACAAAAUGACUUCCAGUUCAUCCCGGAAGGCGCAUUCUUUGGACUGGUCAAUCUAAGAAAAAUCGACAUUUCCGGUGCGCUCAACCUAAUGCGCAUUCAAGCUGGUGCUUUUUCGGCAAACACCAAUCUCGACACGAUCGUGAUUGCCUCGAAUAAAAUUUUGGAGGACAUUGAGGAGGGUGCCUUUUCUGGACUACCACACAUCGAGAACGUAGUUUUACGUGACAACGCAAUCCGCAGUGUUCGUGAAGAGUUGUUACCGUGGAAGCAGCUGAAAAACUUUGAUCUAUCGGAGAAUCCCUUGAUUUGCAAUUGUCAUCUGCGUUGGCUGCGAAACUUGCUGCGCCAGAAAUCGAUAGAAACUGAGCAGAGCACAAUCCUGUGUGAAUAUCCCGAACGACUGAAUGGCGAAGCGCUGCGUGAAAUUAAUUCCGAGUUGUUGGGAUGUCAUUUACAUCAAUCGAAGGAACGUGCCGUUUUUGGAGUAACGCUAGUGGCCACAGCUGCAUCGUUAACAACUUUAAUUCUGGUCGCUUACCGGCUGCGUAACCGUCUGAUAGACUUCAUGGGUCCAAAUUGGCACAACAAACGAAACGCUCUUAAGGAGGAAAAGGAUUUGGAGUUUGGCAAAUGCUUCGAAGAAAUCGACUACCAUCAACCCAAUUUCAACAUCUACAGCUACCAGUAUCGGCACUCGUUUCCUCAGCAUGUGCCUGACAUGUCUCAGCAGCACGACAGCUUUCAACAUCACAUCUACGAAACGCCAAUUCCAGUGUCUGACCUAUAA